AUGCCUUUGGGUGCGAUUCAGAAUGAAGUGAAAGAAAGGUGGAGGGUGGAUGUAAAUUCAAGCAUGAUGUAUAGGGCAAGAACAAAGGCUAAUAGACAGAUUUUUGGAAAGCAUGAGCUUCAAUACGUGAAGUUGUGGGACUAUUGUGAGACAUUGAGAUCAACCAACCCGGGAAGUUGUGUUGUGCUGAAAGUGGAUAGGCCAGUGCCUGAGGUCAAUCCAAAGUUUUUAAGAAUGUAUUGUUCCCUGGCUACCAUGAAGAAAGGCUUUCUUGAAGGAUGUAGACCUGUUAUAGGGGUGGAUGGGUGCUUCCUUAAAGGACCAUUUAAGGGGCAACUCCUAGCUGUGGUUGGACGAGAUGGCAAUGAUAAUAUGAAUCCAAUUGCCUAUGUUGUAGUCGAAGCUGAGACCAAGGACAAUUGGAUAUGGUUUCUGGAAACCUUAGUGUCCAAUCUUGGACACCAUGAGCGGCAUAGCAGGCCAACAUUUAUUUCAGAUCGACAGAAGGGGCUAAUGCUAGCAUUUGAGGAGGUCAUUCCAAAUGUAGACCAUAGGAUUUGUGUCAGGGACUUGUAUGCCAACUUCAGGGACAUCAGGGGGCAUCAAGGAAUGGCCUUGAAGGAGAAGUUAUGGGCAGCAACUUCUACAUACAUUGAAGGGGAUUUUAUGAGUGUAAUGGAUGAGCUGAAGAAUAUGAACAGUGAUGCCUCUGAGUACUUGCACAAAAUUGACCCAAGUGCAUGGUCCAGAGCAUGGUUUACUGAGGAUAUAAAGUCUGACCUUUUGCAGAACAACAUUUCAGAUUAUAUUGAUGACUUCUAUUCUUUGGAGAUGUACAAGAAAGCAUACGAGCCAGUUUUAUAUCCAAUGCCCAGUGAGGAGCAACGGAUAAAAACCCAUCAUGACAUGUUGGAACCCCCAGUGGCUAGAGCGACCCCAGACACAAAGGUGCAAGAACAAAUCCGAUCUCAACACUUGCAAUUCGUUCAAGGCCGACAGUCCGAAAGGGUCAAGAGUAUUUUUUGGAUUAAUGCAUCCAAACCCACCAUACAUAUUGAUCUAAUUGAGAGUGGGUUAGAUAGUGGGGCAGCAACAAUAGGAGGUGCAGCAACCCGAGGUGGACAUGCAGUCAGAGGUAGGGCAGUAACAAGAGGAGGUGCAGCAACCCGAGGUGGACAUGCAUUCAGAGGUGGUGGAACUAGUGGGGUAGCAUCAUGA